CCAUCCCAUUCACAAACACUUCUCUCUUCUCCUUCUCCUCUCUUCCUACGACCACCUCUCAUCUAUUCAUCCUCAGCAAUGGCCGACGCCGGCGGCGGCUCAUCCAUGGGGCGGAGAAUGUGCUCCAUCCCUGAGAAAUUCCAGCUCCACAUAGCUAUGCUGACCUUGCAGUUCGGCUAUGCCGGUUUCCACGUCGUCUCCCGCCUUGCCCUCAACAUGGGCAUCAGCAAGAUUGUCUUCCCUGUUUAUCGAAACAUCCUCGCCUUCAUCCUCCUCCUCCCCUUCGCCUAUUUUCUUGAAAAGAAGGAGAGGCCACCGAUCACAUGGAGCUUCAUCCUCGAAUUCUUCCUACUAGCAAUAGUUGGGAUAACGGCAAACCAAGGCUUCUACCUCAUCGGGCUUGAUAACACUUCACCAACUUUCGCCUCCGCCAUACAAAAUUCCGUUCCCGCCAUCACAUUCCUCAUGGCCGCCCUUCUCAGGAUAGAGAAAGUGAGAUUGGACCGGAAAGACGGGAUCUCGAAGGUGGCGGGGCUGCUGAUCUGCGUGGCGGGGGCGUCCGUGAUCACGCUCUUCAAGGGUCCCACCAUCUACUCGCCGCCGGCGACGCUGCAGAGGGCGGCGGCGGAGGCCAUGGCGCCGGUGGUGCUGGGAGACGCGAGCGGGAAGAGCUGGACGAUGGGGUGCCUCUACUUGAUCGGGCACUGCCUGUCGUGGGCCGGGUGGCUCGUGCUGCAGGCGCCCGUGCUCAAGAGAUACCCGGCCCGCCUCUCCUUCACGUCCUACCAGUGCUUCUUCGGAAUCCUCCAGUUCCUCGUCAUCGCCGCCUUCUUCGAGAGGAACGGCGAGGCCUGGCUCAUCCGCACCGGCUCCGAGGUCUUCAGCGUCUUCUACGCCGGAGUUGUAGCAUCAGGGAUCGCCUUCGCUGUACAGAUAUGGUGCAUUGAUAAAGGCGGGCCCGUCUUCGUCGCUGUGUACCAACCCGUCCAGACGCUCGUCGUCGCUAUUACCUCAUCUCUUCUCUUGGGAGAGGAAUUCUACUUGGGAGGGAUAAUCGGCGCAGUACUGAUCAUAUUCGGAUUGUACUUGGUGCUUUGGGGGAAGAGCGAGGAAAAGAAGUUUGCUGCGAUCCAGUCACACGCGGAGCACAGCACCGGGAGAGCAACCCCGCAAAUCAAGGCGUCCAUCACUCAGCCGCUGCUGACGCAGUCAACCGAGAAUGUUUGACUUUGACUUGAUGCUUAUUUUGGUGGAGAAAUUAUGAAGAAGAAGAAGAAGAAAAGGGGAUAUUUUGAGUCGAGUCCAGUUCAGUUAAGCUAUGAUUAAUAUAUGAAAAUGGCGUGCAGUGUGUAUCAAUUAUCAAAUCAAAGCAAAUCAAGGUUGCUUAUUUUAUUAUUGCUAGGGUUUUUUGCUUUUCAUCAUCGCAAUUUUAAUAGUGUUAGGAGAGUGCUUUUCAACAAGAAGAAAAAGUUGGAAAAAAAGAGAGGAGGGUUUUAAGGGAGUAUUGAUUGUAAUGAUUGUGCUCUUGUGAUAUGUGCAUGGAUAUCCCUUGUGUUUUUUUUAUAAUAUAUUAAUUAAUUACUACUACCAAUUUUUAAUGGUGGUUCA